AGUCAGCCAUAACUCGCCUCAGUGCACUAGUAGUGUAGCUUAACAGACCAGUUUAAGAUAGCAUAGUAUCUAAUGGUUAUAGUAAAACUGUGAAAGGUGUAUGGACGUGUGCAUGUAAAACUUGAUCAAGUUUUGUGAAGAUUUAGUUCUGUGUGUGAUAUUUAUUAGGAUUUACUUUUUAUAAUAUUAACACAGGAUAACAUUUGUGAAGAAUAUUGGUAACUUCAGUGUUAUUGGUUUUUGUUACAGAAGUCAGAGAAGACAGCUUAAAUAAGUAAAGAAAUAACUUCUGUAUAGUGACAUUAAUUUUCAGAUCAAGGUGUUUUUAAAUGAACUGUUACUGUUUAACAGCGGCCUCUUUUGCUGUAGAAGAAUCCCUGCACUAGAUUGUUCAAUGGAGUAAAAAUUUAUAUCUGAUCUGGUGUAUAAAAGUAAAUAAAAUACAUCGAAACAUACGGUACAUGCUGGAUUAAAAACAUCAUAACAGUGAUCACAUGUAUUUCAUUUAAUGAAUAGUGUUUGCUUGUUAUAUCGGAUUUGUUUACUAGAACAUAAACAGGACAAUCCCUUCACUAAGACGUUUGAUGAAGUAACACAGUGCAGGACACAUUUGUAGUUCUUUAUCUUACAUAGAAGACUGAGCCCGAGGCAGAGUGAAUAAUGUGGCACAUAGCAAGAUGCUUGUUGUUGGUCCCUGUGCUGAUCUCUUGCGUUGGUUCAUUCACCCACACCUGGGUGCCAAAAGCUGUGGUCAAGCAUGAAGAGAUCAGCAAGAAGAUUCUGCGAUUUGAGGGCGAGAAAACAGAGCCUGAUUACUUCAAACUUCUCCUACAGGAAAAUGACCGGCUGAUAGUUGGGGCUAGGAAUAAGAUGUAUAACAUCAGUGUCAUUGAUCUGGAGCAAGACGAGUUAAGGACUCUGAAAUGGCCUCCCAAUUCCAAAGACAAUACCUCCUGCUCAUCUAUGUACAAAGACCAGCACAAGGACAAAUGCCAGAACUUCAUCAAAGUCCUGGGAAAGAUGGAAGGGGAAAAGUACUAUGUGUGUGGUACAAAUGCCUUCAGCCCAAAGUGCAGAAUAUACGAAUACAAGCACGCUGACUAUCCAUAUCGAGAAGUCGACUUGAACGUUACAGAAGACGUAACGGAGCAGGCCCAGGCCCCAGGGUUUGAGACCACAAAGGAGUUUGACGGGGUUGGAGCCUCACCGUACGACCCUGAGCACAACAGCACUGCCAUAUUUACUGAUGGGAAGCUGUUUUCUGCGACAGUCGCUGACAGGUUGUCCAGAGACCCGCUCAUUAUGGAGAGAAUGAAAAUGAUCAGAACAGAGCAACAUGAUUCCAAUAUGCUCAAAGAUCCCCACUUUGUGAGUUCCUAUGACAUAGACGAAAAGAUUUAUUUCUUCCUUCGGGAGGAUGCUGUUGAAAAUAUUAACUGUGGCAAGGCUACAUUCUCGCGUGUUGCGCGGAUCUGCAAGAAUGAUGAGGGAAGAUCAGGGACCUCCGUCUGGACCUCGUUCUUCAAGGCCAGGCUCAACUGCAGCGUACCUGGGGAAAUCCCUUUUCCCUUUGAUGAACUUCAGUCAAUGUCUGACCUGUCAUUCGGCAAUCAUCAUCCCACCAACGAUCCCAAGCAAAGGAGCCGCAUAUUGUAUGGAGUGUUCAACACGCCGGCCAACAGUAUCGAGGGCUCGGCGGUAUGCGCUUUCACGCUUGCUGACAUAGAGCACGCGUUCAUGGGCCAGUUCAAGGCCCAGCAGACCACAUCGCAUGCCUGGGUGCCCAUCCCCGUGGAGAAUAACCCCGUGCCUCACCCGGCCCAGGUGUGCGUGAAUAAGAGCAAGGAGCUGACAGACAACACGCUCACAUUCAUCAGAAAUCACCCUCUGAUGGAUCGGUCCGUGAAUCCCGCUGGAGGAAAACCGAUGCUUAUCCAGACCCAAGGAUUGUAA